AGAGAGAGAGAGAGAGAGAGAGACUCAUUCACCGCGUCUCUCCCCUCUGAUCGUGAAUACGAGUUUCUAGUUGUUACGUUAAUCUCACCCCACCCUGGAACGCUUAUUUUGUUGCGUCUACAGACUAGACCCCUCGGUCAUCCGUCGACGGACGGAGGUAGUGUGAAUGCGCCCUGGCCUGAAUACGCGCGGACCAUGGACCUCUAAAGACCGUUUGGAAUGCGCCCGGACCGUUUUGAGUACACCAUCCGGGUCCUUUCAGUGCACUGCUUUCCCCCCGAUCGUAAUUGGAACGCCCUAAUCAAACUAAGUAUAUCUGUUUGUGUUGCAAUGGCCAUGAGACAUACCAUUGACCGCCAGCAUCCCAGCUACAAAGAGGGGAAACGUAAAUUGCUUGAAAGUAAACAAGACCACCUUAUAGCUGAAGCUGAGAGAGCCGUUGAGGAGAGGAAACGUGCGCGUUCUGGUGGAGGACCUCCAUGUGGCUCCACUAGUGACGGUGCAAGACGAGGCAAGCCGAGGGGGAGGCGUGGAGGGCGACGCGGAGGGCGACGCAAAGCCUCAGCCACAGUCACGUUCCCCCCAGCUGAGUGCUCCCCGUCAUCCCAUGAGGACGUUCCGCUUACUGUACCUUCAGCGCAACUGAAUCCUCAAGAGGCAUUUGAAAAGUUUGUGGAGAGGCUUUCAUCUCUAAAUGCCUCUGGUCCUUCUGCCAAGCCUCAAAGAAGCUCUGCAUCUUCAUGGACUUUUCGGCAGCAGAAAGCCUCAGAGCGCUGGACAGAAGCACGACCAAACCACCUACAAGGCCUCAUUGAAAAGGAGGCUGUUGGUCAUCCCUUGUGUUGCCUCUGCCCCAAGCCGGCUGUUAUUAGGUGCAGAGAGUGUCUCCCUGAAGAGUGGUUCUGUGGGGACUGCGAUGUACUGCAUCACAAAAAACAGCCACUCCACAACAGGGAAUGUCUGAUACGUGGGUUCUUUGAACCCAUUCCUCCAACCACACGCGUCAUGAAAGGGGAGGAUGGAUAUUUCACUCAGGAGCAAGCUUGCAUCUUGCCAACUGUGAGUGUGUCAAACUGCGUCUGCGAUGGCACAACCUUCACUGUGUUACCAGGCAAACCAGUGAUUUUAAUUAACAUCAAUGGACGUUAUGACUUGCAUCAGCCACUGUAUGUAUGUCAGACGUGCCAGCAGCAGAGGACCCCUGACAUGAAGCACUUCCUUCAGAGUGGAUAUUGGCCAGCCUCUCUCAAUACUUCCACGUUGUACACGUUGGACCUCUUGAGCUCCUUUCAGGAACUGAAAGUAAUCUCUCCGGGAUUCUCCAGACAGGCCUUCGCAAAGCUCCUGGAGCAUCGCACCAAGUGUGGAGGACGAUCUGGACAUAUCAAAGGUGACACCCUGCAGCGCAGCUUCUUGGAGUUUUCAUAUGCUUCGUUUGAGAAGGACCAACUCUGCUGUGGUGCUGUUUUCACCUGCACAGCCUGCACACCAGAAAUGUUGGCUGUUUCAGUUGAUGGAAACAGAAAGUUAUAUCGCUUUCGCCGAAAUGGAAGUUCUGGUGACCAUGCCUUUUUUGAAGGUUUAUUUGUGGCUGAAGACUUUGCAGUGUCUGGAUUUGUGGACAUGAUCCAGAAAGCUGUGAAAAAGACACAGGGAAGAGGCACGUGUGGGGACUCCCAAUGGACAGCAGCACGGGAGACAUCAAGAAGGGCAUCCAAAUUGGAUGAAGAGGGCAUGGAGGUUGCUGUGUGUCGCCAUGGUUUCCUUCUUAAAGCCCUUAAUAUGUACAGGGGAGAAAUAUUUGCCUACCCCAUGUACCUUCAAAAGGAGCUGAUGCCAGCCAAGGCACAAUUCUUUGCCAUGGAUGUGGCUUGCAAACACUGGCCAUACCUGGAGAAAGUUGCCAGUGUCCUUCCUGCUCUCCAGGAGCUGACCACCAUGAAACCUUUCCUCAGCGUCAUGCAUGCUCGAACUCAUGCUACCAAGUGUGAGAUUAAAUGGAGUGGUAGGAACCAGGAAGGAGCAGGGACAACCGCCGGUGAAGAGGUGGAACAAGUUAACAGCUACCUCUCUCGUUGUGCCCUUACGACAAAAUAUAUGUCGAAAGCAGCCCGGUUGGACAUGCUCACAUUGCAUGCAAUGUUGUGGAACCAGAAGAAAGGGGAUUCCUUACACCAGGCACUUUCCACAAGAUAUGUGAAGACUUGUCAGAGGCUCCUGGAUGAGACUGCAAUGCUAGCAGAGCUAAAAACCCAGCUACAUCUCUCAGAUGAAAUGGUGUCACAGUGGAUCUCAGAUGUGAUGGAAUGGGCAGCUGGUGAGACACGAGAUGCAUCUGACAACCUGCAAGGCACCACACACACAGGGCUUCAGCGGUCCAUUGAGGGGCUCUACCUCAGUGUGAGGCAGCGGAAGCUAAAUCUGUACCGUCAGAAUGACAGCAACAAGCUUCGCCACCGGCUUCGGAGGAAGCUGGCAGAAGAGAAAAAGCUCCUUUUUCAGGAGAUACAAAAGCACAACAAGCUUGACUCUGCAGCCAACAUCGAUGCAGCUGUGGUGGAGCACUCCCUGAGUGGAGAGAGCACUGUGUCCCCAAUAUGGCCUUGGGAGGUUCAUGACAGCGCAAACAUUGGAACCAAGAAACGGCUUCAUGACCAAGUCAUGACAACAAAGCGACUGCAGGAGGAAAAAAACAUUCUGGUGAUGGAGAUGGCACGACACUGCACAUGGUUGCAGAACCUGGCAUUGGUUCUCAAAAACAAGGUGGCUGAGUCGGGUGGAGAGUCUGGAGACAAAGGAGCUGAAGGACUUUGCAGUCUCUUGAGGAGAAGAAACACAGAGGUGUCAGAGGGGUUGCAAGUGGUCCUGCAAAAAUACAAGACUGCUUUAGGUCCUGAGGCCUCUGUCAUUCAAAAUAUUGAAGAGGAAGACCAAAGUGUCCACAGCAGUCCAGACACCAGUGAGGAUGAAGAGGAAAGCAUAAUUUAGAUUGAAGCUGCACUGAGGAUGGACUAAGGAAAUGGACUUGCCUAGAAAGCACUAAUGUGAUAAAACAUGCAUUCGGGCGUCUUAUAUUAUUUCACACGCAUAGAUAUUAACUUGGCACUAUGGGGGAGGGAACCAAGGAAGGCAGGCUUUCCUAUGAUUGGCCGUUCUGAAGCGGGAUAUUCGAUUGACAGCCCUCCUCAGCCCGAAUUCAGCCAAGGGUUUCUUACUUGAAGGGACCUUCGCCCAGACGUGAUUGUCUUCUGAGUUUCAGCCAUUGACUACAAUACAGAAUGAAUGAGAGGAGGGCUGAGGAAGACUCUCAAUCAAAUAUCGUGCUUCAGAAACAGCCAAUCACAGGAAAGCACGCCCUGCCUUGAUUCCCUCCCACAUAGUGCCAAAAUUAAAUUUGAGCGAGAGAGCAUAACAUCAUUCGCGAGAGGCUGUUUUGUAUGACCAAAGUUAUUCCCCCCUCUCGCUUGCAACGAGGUAAUGCUCUCGAGGAUCUUUUUUCCUGGCUCGGGGAGCUGCGCUCUGAGUGCGGACGUGCACACAGAUAAUUUGGGCGCUCGCAGUUAACAUCUACGUGUAUGAAAUAAUAUAAUACGCCCGAAUGCAUGUUUUAUCCCAUUAGUGCUUUAUGGCACUAAUGUGUCGCCAUACUCAACCGCUUAUCCUGGCAACUUCACACCUGACACUGCACCCUUGGGUCUUCUGCAAUACACCCACCAAGUGUAAAAUAAAUCAGAUGAACACUACUAACUGCUUCCUGUCAACUGACAGCAGUCAGCUGACCGUCAUUACAUCGCUGUAGCACCUGAACAUUCAUUGGUGCCAUACUUGACAGCUCUCCACACAGUUACAUAGCAUUGUGGUGAAUGUUCAGACCACUGUUUCAUCUCUCCCCUUCCAGCGUCACAGAUUAUCAAUCUUGGUGAUGGAGGCACUAGCAUUUUGGUGUGUUAUUUAGUUAAUGUGUGUAAAAGAUGACUUCCUCAAAUGUCUUGUUUUGUUCGGAAUUCAAAGAUAUUCAGUUGACAGAAUAUAUAGAAGUAUAAAGAAACCAGAAAAUAUUACAUUUGAGAAUCUGGAAUCUGAUCAUUUUGAAUUUUUUUAUUUUUCAAAAAAUGAAAAAGUGAUUAAUCUUUCAUCCAAACAGUUGGUUAUUAAUUAAAAUCAAAUAGUUGCAUGUCAUGUAAAAUGUAAAUCAAGGAGAACGACCAUUUUGAUUGAUAGGGUGGCGUGACUAAGUAUGUAUACAUAUAAUAUGUAUGUAAUAUGCAUUAGACUGUAUGUAACAAAGAGACAGUUGUAUAGUUAAUAUAGGUACGUACAGUAUAACUGGAUUACAUGUUCUGUUGUCAGUGCUUAUGUAAAGCUAACCCUACAGUCCAUUUUUAAGAAAUACAGCCCAAAUUGUUUGUGUGUUGGACAGAUCCAUUUGGUGCAUUUUCUCCAGUAUUGUUGCAAAAGAUGAAUACAUUAUUGCCAAAAAUGACCAUUUUUUGUUUUACUUUUCCAUCAUGUUUAGAAACAUCAUGUGACAGUUUUGUGUUUUAUAAAAAAAGAUGGCCUAUCAAGAGAAAAUAUGGGAAACAAACAUAAACAAUGCAUAAUUAAUUAUAUUUUGAAUUGAGUUAAAUUUAACAUCACAUACAUUAUUAUUUAUGUGGAUUACAUCAAUUAACUGAUCUCCUUGUGAUAUAUUUCACCCAAAUCAUCUAUAUGCAGUAUAAUGUAGCCUAUGUUUUACUUGUAGAUUUUUGAUUCAGUAAAGAUUCAUUUUCCUAAACUUA